AUGCUUCUGCUGCUGUUGGCCCUGCUCUGGGGGAGGGAGGCCGAGGGCCAGAGGGGGGCCGAGAGGGGGCCACAGGGGGAUUAUUGGCUGCAAGUGCAGGACGCAAAGGGGCAGGAGGGCCUGUGUGUGAGAGUGUCCUGCAGAUGCUUCUAUCCCCGGGAAGGCUGGUCUGAGUCUACCCCAGCUCUCAGCUACUGGUUCCGGAAAGGGGCCGGUGUACAACAGGAUGUUCUAGUGGCCACAAACAACCCAGAUGGAAAAGUGCGGCAGGAGUCCCAGGGCCGAUUCCGCCUCUUCGGAAACCCCCAGGACUACGACUGCUCCCUGGACAUCAGAGAUGUACGGAGAGGGGACUCGGGGACACACGUCUUUAGGGUGGAGAGAGGGCCUUCUGUGAGAUAUACUUACACACGGGACCAGCUCUCCGUGCGUGUGACAGCCCUGACCCAGACACCUGACAUCCUUAUCUCGGGGACCCUGGAGUCUGGACGCCCCAGUAACCUGACCUGCUCUGUGCCCUGGGCCUGUGCGUGGGGCACGCCCCCCAUCUUCUCCUGGACAUCAGCAGCCCUCGCCUCCCUGGGCCCCAAGACCCACCUCUCCUCUGUGCUCACCCUCACCCCACGGCUGCAAGACCACGGCACCGACCUCACCUGUCAGGUGACCUUGCCUGGGACCGGAGUGACCACAAUGAGGACCAUUCACCUCAACGUGUCCUAUUCUCCGUGGAACUUGACCGUCACUGUCUUCCAAGAAAACGGCACAGCACCCACAGCCCUGGAGAAUGGCUCAUCUCUUUCAGUCCUGGAGAGCCAGUCCUUGCGCCUGGUCUGUGUCAUCAACAGCAACCCCCCUGCCAGGCUGAGCUGGGCCCAGGGGCACCUGACCCUGUGCGGCCCGAACCCAGGGGUGCUGGAGCUGCCUCGGGUACAGGAGAGAGAUGAAGGGGAAUAUACAUGCCGAGCUCAGAACACAGUGGGCUCCCAGCACAUCUCCCUGAGCCUCUUGCUGCAGAGAAAAGCAUGGCCUUUAUCAGAAAAGCUGCUGGGGGCAGUCGGGGGAGCAGGUGCAAUGGCUCUGAUCUUCCUGAUUCUCUGCAUCAUCAUCAUCCUAGUGAGAUCCCACAGGAAGAAAGUGACAAAGCCUUCAGUGGGCACCAAGAAUACAGGCAUGGAGAGUGCAAACGUUGUCACGAGGUCAGUGUCUCAGGGUCUCCUGAUUGAAGCCUGGGCAGGCAGCCUUCCCCCAGAUGCCGCCACCCCCUCCUUACGGGAGGAAGAAGAGCUCCAUUACGCAACACUCAACUUUCACCAGACAGAGACUUGCUGCCCACAGGAACAGGUGGCCCCUGGUAUUGAGUACUCAGAGAUCAGGAUUCACAAAUGAGAGACUGCUGAGACCCUGCCCUGGCUUGAGAGAUCUUGGCCCCUGAAGGGCAGAGAAAAAGUCAGGGGCCAAUUCCGGUAGACUUAGAAGCCCUCCAGGUGAUGAGCUGUGAGUACGACAGAAAGAACACAAGCUUUGUAAACAGACUAUUUCAAGUGCAAAGUCAUAUGCUGUGCCUUUACCAAGUAAGCGACAGACCAAUCCCUGCCUUUCUGUGCCUCAGUUUCCUACUCUGUGAAAUAGGGAUGAGAAGCCUACCUGUAAGCUCAUGGUGAGAAAUUUAUAUAGAAAUGCAAGGGACCUAGAAUAGCAAAACAAUCUAGUGAAGGAAGAACAUGGUUGGAGAAAUCAGACUUUACUAUAAAGCUGGAGUAAUCAAGACACUAUGGUGCAGAACGGAAUCAAGUCCGUAAACAGAGUGUGUGUAUAUGGUCAGUUGAACAGCACCUAGUCAAUUCAGUUGGGAGAGGAGGGACUUUUCAACAAGUAGUGGGAGAACAAGUAGGUCAAGGUUUAGAAACAAUGAAACUUGACCCCUUUUUCACAUCACAUGCAAAAAAUUAGUCUGAAAUGAAUCGUAAACCUAAAAGUAAAAGUGAAAACUAUAAAUAUUUUAUUAUUGUGCUGCCCAAUAUGGUAACCACUAGCCGCACGUGGCCCUGGAAGGGUGCUACACUUAGUAUGCAAAAAAAAAAAAAAAAAAAGAUAAAAGAUCCCAUUAACAAUUUUUCAUAUUGAUUACCUGUUGGAAUGAUAAUACUUUGGAUAUACUGGUUCCUUUAGACUAUUAUUAAAAGUAAUUUCAUUUGUAUUUCUCUGAUGAUGAGCGAUGUUGAGCAUUUUUUCAUGGCAGUUUCUUUUUAGUUUUUUUUAUUAUAGCUACUAGAAUUUUGAAAUUACGUGUUUGCUUUGCAUUAUAUUUCUAUUGGACAGCAUUGCUCCAGAAGAAAAUUUAGGAGUAUAUUUAUGCAUGUGCAUAGAUUUCUUUUUUUUUUAAAUUUUUUUAACGUUUAUUUAUUUUUGAGACAGAGAGAGACACAGCAUGAACGGGGGAGGGAUAGAGAGAGAGGGAGACACAGAGUCGGAAGCAAGCUCCAGGC